AUCUUUAAGCAUUUGCAGCACUAAGAUUGAUCAAGCGCUAUAGUCUGACGUCAUUUUCGGUGCAUGUUCUUCAAAGCGUGAAAGAAACGUGUUUGCUGCAAAACUGGAUGACUAAUCCAGUAUCGCGGCUUCAUUCCUCCAACGCUUUUUAACGACCAAGAAUCUCAAAACAGAUUUAGACACCUGUCAGUUGCGUUAGGUAUGGAAGGAAUAAAUCCUGCGUCAUUUAACUCCGGUGCAGAAGAUUCUAAUUUAUCUAAAGAUUUAUUAGGCAAUGAUUCCCCGUUACUGGAUUUCGAAGGUUUAGAAGCUUUAGGUGCAACAAAGAACAAUGUUAGUGCUCCUAGUUCUGGAAUAGAUGCGUUGGAUGAUUUCAUUGGUAAUUCCCAGUCGGGAUUAGUGUCUACGACACGCCCUCUCGUGACUAGCAGUGAAGAGGACCCCUUGGAAUUUAGUAAAGGUGCUUCUCCUACCUCUAAUUUACUUGAUUAUGCAAAUGCCGAUAUCGGUUCGUCUUUGAUAGAAAGCGGUGCCGAUACUCGCGUGGAAGAUUCUUCGCACGAGCAACGCGGCGGCGGGGACCGGUUAUUGAUCGACGACGAUCUACUGGCUGACGAUUCCGACUUCUUAAUUAGUGCCCCGGCAGUCGGCAGAAAUUCGCCUGUUUCUCCCAACAAAAAAACAGAAUCGGAGCCCGAGGAGCACUUGCCAAAAGUUAAAGAUCCGAAAAUAGACGACAAACCCAAAGCAGAGUCCGAUAAUUACGAGUGGGGAAAUCGUGCGUAUGAGACAGCUGUGCAACCUGCUGUAGAAAGCGAGGUCGCCAUGGAGGAUCAAGCAGUAGGAAAUCAGAGUAAAAAUCCUGAAUGCGAUUGUCCAUUUGCUCCAGGAGCAUGGCUGAAUCCAGAAAAGCUUCAUCCUGUUGUUGCAGAUUACAUAUACUGGAGAGAUCCCAAGAAGAGCGGAGUUGCAUUUGGGACGUCUCUUGUUUUGCUGUUGUCUCUUAAAUAUUUUUCCUUCAUUAGUGUUGUUGCCUACAUAACUUUGGCUGUUUUGACUCUCACAGUGUCCUUCCGCAUUUAUAAAAAUGUACUACAAGCUGUCCAAAAGUCCAAUGAUGGACAUCCGUUCAAAGAUUAUUUGGAGAUGGAUAUUGCUUUAUCUCAGGGUAAAUGUAGUGAAACCGUGGAAGUUCUUAUACAGCACGUAAAUUGUGUUACUGGCAAGCUACGUAGUCUAGUUCUUGUCGAGGAUCUUGUCGACACAUUGAAGCUUGUGCUGCUUGCUUGGUGCUUGACUUAUGUGGGAGCUUGGUUCAAUGGACUGACACUUAUUAUAUUAGGGGUAGUGGCAGCCUUUACCUUGCCAAAAGUAUACGAGACCAACAAGGCUCAAAUUGAUGUGUAUGCAGACAUUGUUCGCACAAAAGGAAAAGAAGUUAUAGACAU